GGUCUUGGACCGCCCCCCAGCACCACUCGACCCACCCACGUUAUAGAUACGAAAUCUGCAAACUACCGCCAAUUUAUUCUUGCAAGUCUUGGAUAGACUUGGAUAAGCUAGCUAGCAGCAUGAAGCGAAUUCGACAACCAAGAUGCUCAGUGGUCGGCUGCACAGAUCAGCACAAAUGCCUUCACGUGACUCCAGCUUCAGAAGACACAAGAGAGAAAUGGAUUUAUUUCAUAUUUGAAGGCAACGUCCCCUCAAGAGUUGGCAAAUAUCUGUUAGUGUGCUCUAACCACUUUGAAUCGGACUGUUUUAUCAACCUGGGCCAAUAUACCGCUGGACUCGCUGGAAGGUUGAUAUUGAAAGGGGGGUCGUUGCCAUCUAUCCGUCGCAGGACUGAAGACGAGGGAAAUGCAAGCACAUCUGUUCAGGGUGCUAGGGUACAUCACGUGGCCUGCCAGACGGACCCACCAAAGAUGUGCACUGUUGGCACGCAGCUUUCUGUGAAAACACAGCGACCUCACUACAAAAGUACAGGCACACAGAAAACUGUGCCCUGCACUGAUGUCGGUGUUGGAACCUCAGCUGUGGCCUUCAAAGCAUCACAGCCAUUCCUAACAUCUGCACCAAUAAAGUGGCCAAGUAAGAGACCUCGCUUGGAGGAGGAAGAGGACAGCCCUUUUGACGGAAGUUCAAGUAUGGACUUCGGAGAGCCACAGGAUGCUACCUAUGAUCCUGAUGACUCGGUCACAGUCUUGACUGAGUCAGCAGAUGUGACAAUGGAAUCUUCCAACCCUUUUCAUAAGACACCCACAUAUAUUGUCUAUGAAAACUGCCUCCUGGAGCUGUUUGAGGUGUGCCCUGUGUGUCGGCAGGUGACAGAUGUGCAAACAAGAAGGGUUGGCACAUUCCUCUCUGUAGAACAGAAGUGCCCACACUGUGAGUUCUACAGAAAAUGGAAUAGUCAGCCUAUUCUUGGUAGCACUCCUGUUGGGAACAUCCAACUCUCAGCUGCAGUGUAUGCCACUGGUGCCUCUUUCUUCAAACUUGAGAAGAUCUUCCGUGCAAUGCAGUUGAGGAUGUUUCAUUAUGACACAUUUCGAAGGCACGCCCGGUUGUACAUAGAGCCUGCAAUCGUGCACAGCUGGAAAACAGCACAGGAUGGCAUGUUGGACCAGCUAUGUCAGCAACAGAAAGUCAUCCUAGGUGGUGACUUGAGGGCUGACUCGCCAGGCCAUUGUGCCAAGUUUGGCAGUUACACGGUGAUGGACCUGACGACCAACACUGUUAUUGAUCUGCAGCUGGUUCAGGAGUCUGUCUCAACAAAGUACAGAAAUAAAGAUGGUCAACCAUUGCUUUAUAAUCAGAGCAAUGAAGUUGGAGGGAGUUACCACAUGGAGAAAGAGGGUCUGAAAAGGAGCCUUGCUCUCUUGGAGGCACGUGGUGUGACUCUGGAUAGCAUUGUCACAGACCGCCACCCUCAAAUCCAGAAAUUCCUGAGGGAGGCCAACAUCACACACUACUACGAUGUCUUGCACAUGGAAAAAGGACUGUCCAAGAAACUGGAGAAGACUUCACAGAACAAAGAAUGUGAGAAACUGAAGAAGUGGCUUUGCAGCAUAAAAAACCACAUCUACUGGACAGCCGCUACGUCAACAUCAGGGCCAGAGAGAGUGGCAAAGUGGACCUCCAUCCUUAACCAUGUCCAAGACAUCCACUCCCAUGAAGACCCUGUUUUCCCCCAGUGUUUGCAUCCGCGACGCACUUCAAGGGACAAGAGCAAAUGGUUGACAGCAGGGACACCAGCCUUCUGCAGAUUAGAGAAGGUGUUGAGUAGCAAGAAGGUUCUGAAAGAUGUGGAGAAGCUGAGCCCUCACUACCAGACCUCAUCGUUAGAGUCUUUCCACAGCGUCAUUCUGCGUUUUGCGCCCAAAAAUGGUGUCUUUCCUUUUCUUGGAAUGUUAUGCAGACUCUACCUGGCAGCCCUGCAUUUCAAUGAAAAUGCUGGGCGUCCCCAAGCAACAAGUUCAGCUGGUGAGCCGCUAUUUAGAGUGAACUUCCCAAAAUAUAAGAAGGGCGAGUGCACAGCAAAGCCGGUGAAAGUAGAUCCAACUUUCCACUACGUGGACAACCUGUUGGACCUCAUCUUUCAGAAGGUUUUUCAGGACCCGGCCCCAUAUGUGAAUGAGGUGCUGAAGAUCCCAAUACCCGAGGAUCUCUCUGCCAAGUAUGCGAAACCUGACAAGUGGGAAGUUAUAACGAGCUAUGUGUCGAGGUUCAAUCAAGAGCAGGUCUGAACCCUGUAUACCUUCCUUGAGCAUCAGGGAACACUCUGCGUAUCUGGAGCACCACGCAGGAGGGCAGGACCACCCUGAUCCUCCGGCCCAGAUAGCCCCAACACCAGCUAACAAAGCUUCUGUACGCCAAAUACCUGUAACGGCUGAGCAAAGUUUACAUUGUAUUUAGAGAAUAAAUGGUGCGGUCAAACAAAGUGUUCCUUUUUUUACAGUAUGGCUACUGAUGGCACAAAGUGUAAUUUUGUAAUCAAUGUUUUUAUUAUACUUGGU